UGUGACACAAGAUGAUACAUUGAUGACAACACUAACAGUGAGAGAAGCAAUAUACUAUUCAGCACAACUCCAAUUACCAGAUUCAAUGUCAAGAUCCGAGAAGAAAGAAAGAGCUGAAGCAACAAUAAGAGAAAUGGGAUUACAAGAUGCAAUGAAUACAAGAAUUGGAGGGUGGAGUGUAAAAGGAUUAAGUGGUGGACAAAAGAGAAGAGUUAGUAUUUGCAUAGAAAUACUAACACGUCCAAAGCUUCUUUUUCUUGAUGAGCCAACUAGUGGACUUGACAGUGCAGCUUCUUACCAUGUCAUGAAUAGAAUAGUUCAAUUGGCUAAACAAGAUGGAAGAACUGUGGUUGCUUCUAUACAUCAGCCAAGUAGUGAAGUUUUUGAGCUUUUCCACAAUCUUUGCCUUCUCUCCUCUGGUAGGACUGUCUACUUUGGUUCCAUUUCUGCUGCAAAUGAGUUUUUUGCACUGAAUGGCUUCCCAUGUCCAACUAUGAGGAAUCCUUCUGACCACUACUUAAGGACAAUCAACAAGGACUUUGAUGCUGAUAUCGAGAAAGGAGUUGGUGGAAAAGCCACGGCGACAGAAGCAAUCAAUAUUCUGGUUAAGUCAUACAAGACCUCACAGGGUUGCCAACAAGUUCAACGUCGAGUUCUGGAGAUUUGCCAACAGAAUGGUGGACAAGAAGCAAAGAAAGGAAACCAAGCAAGUUUCAUUACUCAGUGCACGGUUCUAACCAGGAGAUCUUUUGUGAACAUGUAUCGUGAUCUUGGUUAUUACUGGCUUCGUUUUGCAAUAUAUAUUGCUUUGUGCUUGUGUGUUGGCACUAUAUUUCAUGACAUUGGCCACGACUAUGGCUCCAUUCAGGCUAGAGGUUCAAUGCUCAUGUUUGUUGCUGCCUUCUUAACCUUUAUGGCUAUUGGUGGAUUCCCAUCUUUUGUUGAGGAUAUGAAAAUUUUCACUCGAGAAAGAUUAAAUGGGCACUAUGGUGUGGCUGCAUAUGUCAUUGGAAAUACAUUCUCUUCCAUUCCUUACCUAGCAAUGAUCUCAGUAAUACCUGGUGCUAUGGCUUAUUACCUUGUUGGAUUACAAAAGGAGUUUGAUCACUUUGCUUAUUUUGCACUAAUGUUAUUCACAACAAUGAUGUUAGUCGAAAGUCUAAUGAUGAUCGUGGCAAGUAUUGUACCAGAUUUUCUCAUGGGAAUUAUAACAGGAGCUGGAAUUCAAGGUGUUAUGAUGCUUAACGGAGGUUUCUUUCGAUUGCCUAAUGAUCUUCCUAAUCCAUUUUGGAAAUAUCCAAUGUAUUAUAUUGCAUUUCACAAAUAUGCAAAUCAAGGGUUUUAUAAGAAUGAGUUCUUGGGAUUAACUUUUCCUAAUGAGCAAAUUGGAGGGCCAGCUACAAUUACUGGUGAUGAGAUUUUGAGAAAUAUAUGGCAAGUGCAAAUGGGAUAUUCAAAAUGGGUUGAUGUUGCAAUUGUUUUUGGAAUGGUGAUUCUCUAUAGGUUCAUGUUUUUGGGAAUAAUUAAGACAGUGGAGAAGGUUAAGCCUAUGAUUAGAGCAUUUCUGGCUCGAACUUCCAAAAAUCCAACUCAUGCUGAAGAUCCAUAUGCUUCUCCUAUGGAUGCUUGAAAAAUAAUUAUUAUAGUGUUUAUGAUAUAUGUUGUUGAUGUAAAAUAAAAGUUUUGUUGUAUUCAAGACCAAUGCCUUGUUGGUAUUCUACCUGCUUUUUUUUGGUUAACUAGGGAAACCCGCAGUCGCUACUCGAUCUUCGGGUGUGAACAGGGUAAAUCUUGCUCCUAUGUAAUAGUUCGCAAACCUCAAAAGAGGAUAAACUACACUAGACAAGCCUUCUACCUACUUUUGCGAGUAUUAAAUGUUGGAAUAUUUUGUUUUUCCCUA